GACACUGGCGGGCGCCGUUAGCGAGUCCAAGUGAACUUGGAGAUUUGGAAUCACAGAAAGGACUCCCUCAAUAUUCCUAGUCUCCUCGCUAGGGUACCCUUUUUCUUCUCUUUCGAAAUAACAGCGGCCUUGCUGGUGUCCGUGACCACGGAGGAAGGUGGCGUCGCGAGCUGAUUACGUACACCCAAAGGUUAUCAGUAACAAAUCGGUUUCUAACGAAAACCGUAAAAACGAUUCGUUGUAACAAAGGCUACGUGCUUCGAGACACUCCAGCUGCCCAGGAAAAGCAACUUUUGUGUGGCAAACUUUUCAGCCCCCGCGGUCCACAAACCGAGGGCCAACGGCGCCGCGCCUCACAGUGCUGCAGCACGGCGCGUGCGCAAACUGCUCUCAGACGGCUGACGGAGGCCGAGAAGAAAAAAGGCGGGAGCCACUAAUCCCGGGUAGAGCAAAAUGGCGCGGGAGAAUGAGCUGCGGGAGUUCACGCACAGCUUCUUCGGAGGCCGCCCUGACCUCAGCACGCUCACGCACUCCAUCGUGCGGCAGAAGUUCUUGGCUCACACGGGUCGCAACCAUUUGGAACCCGAGGAGAAGCAGGCGCUGAAGCGACUGGUGGAGGAGGAGCUACUGAAGAUGCAGGUGUGGGUGGAUGAAGCUGGAACCAGGCAAGAGAAGUCAGACCUCACCAAGAAGGUGAAGAGGCCUUCCACCUUCUGCAGUGACCAAGAAAGAAAAAGGUUCUGCUUCAAUUCAGAAUCAGCGUCCAAGUCUGCAGUCUCCAGUCCAGACUGCUUUGGAAGCCCAGCAAAGAACAGGACGGCAGAAGCAGAAAUCAGCCCCGCCGAGGAGGAGCAUCCAAGGCAGGCCUCAGAGAAAGCAGUUGAGAACAGUGACGGAGAACGGCAAAGGGACCAGCCUGUAAAGCAGCUGGCAAAGAUGAGAUCAGAGGAGAGCAGUGAGGAAGAGGAGAGCUUAGGGGAGGAACAGGAGGAGGGCUCUGUAAGAAUAAGAAAGAUCUUGAAGGAAAAGGACAGUGAGGAAGGUGAGGAAGAAAAAGAAUAUAAGAGUGGGACUACAAAGAAACCUAUGACCAAGAAUGAGCAGGCACCAGGCAAGGCCUCAGCCAGUAAGCACCAGACCAGGGAGGAAAUCGAGGACAGUGAGGAAGAGCCUGUCCAGAGGAGAGCAAAGCAGUCUGGGGGAAGUAGAGAAGCUAAAAGCCAUGAGGAAAGUGAAAAGGAGAGUGAGGAGGAGGAGUGCCUAGCCACAGAAAAGGAGAACAUGGAGGAGAAGGACAAAGAUGGGGAGGAAGAAGGGGAGGAUUGGAAACCCAGAGCUAGGAGCAAAGGAGCCAAAAAGUCAGCUUCGGAGGGGAAGAGGUGUAAGCAAGAAAGCAGGGUGGGGAGGCUGAGUGACUCGGGGGACAGUGGGGAAAAAGAGGAAGAGGCAGCAGACAGUGGAGAUAGCAGUGGGAGAGGCAGAGAGCCUCCAGUGUACAGGAAGAGCAAGGACAGAACCCUGGGUCAGGGUAGGAAAAGGCAGAACAGAAGCAGUGAGGAUGAAGACAGCUGCAAGGUGCAAGCACCUGCUCAGGGCACUGCAGAGACAGCCAGACCAGGCAGUGCCACUGGUGAGGAGAGUGACUCGGAAAGGGAGGUAAGUGACAGCGAGGCAGUGGGGAGCCCCAAGGGAGAGAGGAAGACCCACUCUUCCAAGAAGAGCUCUAAGAAAGGCAGAACACGAAGCUCCUCUUCCUCUUCCGAUGGAAGCCUGGAGCCCAAAGACAGGAAGGCUAGUUCUGGUUGCCAUGGAGAGGACCACCCAGCUGUGACCAGGCUGAAGCGCUACAUUCGGGCCUGUGGUGCCCAUCGAAACUAUAAAAAGCUGCUGGGAUCCUGUCGCUCACACAAGGAGUGCCUGAGUGUACUCCGGGCAGAACUGGAGGCCCUGGGCAUGAAGGGUAACCCUUCCUUGGAGAAGUGUCGGGCUCUGAAGGAGCAGCGGGAAGAGGCAGCGGAGGUGGCCUCCUUGGAUGUUGCCAACAUCAUCAGCAGUUCAGGCCGGCCACGUAGGCGCACCGCCUGGAACCCUUCCGGAGAAGCAGCCCCCUUUGGGGAGCUGUACCGCCGGACCCUGGACUCAGAGGAGGAGCAGCCUCGCCAGGCCCCCCCAGACUGGUCACACAUGCGAGGCAUCAUCAGCAGUGAUGGCGAGAGCAACUGAGUGCUCCCAUCCCCUAGGAGGGACCUUUCCGUGUGUACAAAGUGCAUACAGCAUCCCGUGCUCUCAACCUGAAAAGCAAAAGCAGCUUUCUUCAAGGAGGCUACAGCCCCAGGGGCAGAAACCAUUCAAACACUACUUCUCAGCUUCACGUGUUCUCCGUUAGUCACGGUGUUCACAGGGGUUUAUUUUUUGAGACCCAAUAAAGGAAUGUUUGUAAGCACCUCA